UUCGUUUGUUGAUAUAGUUGCUCCGUUCUACUGUGUUUAUUUACUGGCCCAUUGACUGUGUUAUGUGGAUAUUGCUCUUUUGCUCCUAGAUCACUAUUUUAAAAAUUAUUAUAAUUAUGUACAAUGGCCUGUCCUGCCAGUGACAUUAGUCAGAAACCUCUUCAAAAUGCUAUGCGACUGGUAAAAGUGGCUAUUCAGUUGGAUUCGGGUAACAGACAUAAGGAAGCUUACUGUGAAUACUUAAGGAGUGUCAACUACAUCUCUCAUGCCCUACUCCAGGAUGCAGCAUCUAAAGCUGUGGGAGAAAUGGAGGAAGUGGAAGUGGAGAAGAUGGUAAAGUUAGCUGAGCAGUGCUUAGAAAGAAUAAAAUCCUUUAUAGGAAAGAGAAGUGAAACCUCUGCUCCUAAUUCUUCUACAACCCCAGUCCAGGAAUCAUCACCUGCACAGAUAACCCCUCAAACCAGUACCAAAACCUCAGGGACUUUCAAUACAGCAGUGAUGGACCUGAGUAAUUUAUGCCCGAUCAAGCGGAACUCUCGGCAUCGCAGAGUGCAUUCGGAAGGUAAAGGGGAGGACUGUCCAUUUCUGCCCCCCGAACUAUUCCAGAAGCUACAAGUUGUGGAGUCACAAGACAAAAAAGAAUUAACACCUAUUGAGGAGGCUUCGUGUCUGAACCAGAAACUAAAAGCUACUUAUGAGGCACGUAUGGCACGACUUGAUCCCCGUCAAGCCACACAGAAAACAUCACUGACUCUCUCACUUCAGAGACAAAUGAUGGAGAACCUGAUUAUAGCCAGAGCCAGACAAGACGCUCUCCAAAGGAAAAUGGAAGAGAGAAGACUCAGGCUACAGGAGCAAGCCAACAGAAAGUUUUCUUCUUCUGUAAUUUUGACACCUGAGGAGCAGGAGCAGCGGGUUUUGUAUGCAAAUAUAUUGGAAUACGAACAAGAUCAUGAUUGGCCUAAAGUAUGGAAAGCUAGCUUAAUGAAGAAUCCAAAUGAUGCAGCUUUGGUUUCAGGCUUGGUGAACUAUCUUCUUAGCUGCCCAGAACAUCCUGUUGUGAAGCUACUGAAGAAGCUUCAGUAUCAGGUGUAUAACAGGCUAUACCCCAUAAUAAGCCAAACUGCUCCUUCAAGCCCAAAGCCUGGCCACUCGGUGUCUUUAAAGCCAUCACACAGUGCACAGAGCCUGCUGCUCCCUCAUAGUCCGCCGAGUCAGCUCAAGUCUGGCCUAAUCCACAGCCUGUCAGACGCCUCCAUCUCACUGUCGCCACUCCCUGACCUCAAUGCGAACAACGCAGCAUCCAAAAUGGAUUCAGAAGAGCUUCCAACAGUCCCUCCAGACCGGGAGAACUCCUUUGAGGAUCUUGAGCAGUAUAUGACCCAGCUGGACUGGGCUUCAGCUUAUGCAGAUGACACAGUCUCUGAUAUGGCCUUUGAAUUGACCCAAAGUGACAUGGAUUCUCACAUUCAGGACCUGGAGGAGCGAGCUUUAAAAGAACACCUGAAAGCUACAGUCAAAGACAUUCACAAUGCAAUUGAUCGUCUGCUCUCCCUGUGUCUGCUUUCGUUUGAAUGUCUCAACACUGCAAGCGCCAAAGACCAGUGUGUAGCAUGCAUAGAGGAGGUCUUCUUCACCCCAAUAUGGGGCCCUCUACUGGCACUCUUUAGGAAGGUGUAUCACGAUCGAGAGCUGGCUUUUGAGAGCAGUGUUCUCCUGUACCAGAAUGCCUCACCUGGUGAUGUUGGUGUAGCAGAUAAACUAUUCCCCAAAGACCCUGCUGUUCUGCAGGGUUCCUACCCAUACGAGUCUGCAGUGCAGGAACUAAAACUGCUGUGUAAAGGCUGCUGUCCUCAGAAGAAGCUAGAAUGCAUAGUAAGAACACUAAGACUCAUUUGUGCCUGCGCUGAGAAUUACCGUCUUCUUCAAGAGAAUGAUCCAUCACCCAAAACGGCAGCCAUAGGAGCCGAUGAUCUGUUGCCUAUUUUGUCAUAUGUGGCCUUGCGCAGUGAACUCCCUCAGCUAGUCUCUGAAUGUGCUGCACUGGAAGAGUUCAUCCAUGAGGGGUAUCUGAUUGGAGAGGAGGGUUACUGCUUAACCUCAAUGCAGAGUGCACUGAGUUAUGUAGAGUCGCUGCACUUGGGUGAAGCUUCACAGCUGGCUGCCAAACCCACCUGAGUCAGGAUGAGGGGCAUGCAAGUUGGUGUUGUCUGAGUUCUCCACAGAAACACAUAAAAUGUUAGUAAAAGCUGUAACAGCCCAGUUGUGCAAACCGACAAUGCAGUUUAUUUAGCUUAAUAAAAAUAUCUCUUCAAGCAACAAGUAAAGCAAUGGAGAGUGAAGGGAGAGGCUCUUGUGUGCAUGUUCAAUUCAUAAGUUUAGUAUUUAGUGUUUUUGCUGAAGUGUUGUGAUGUAAACCACAACUGAACUUGGUUAUGUUCUUAUAAUGGCAUGUCCUGAUACCACAGCAAUUUUCCAAUAAUUGUUUAUUUGUAUAACACAUCAUAAUUUAUAUGCUGCUUUUUAUUAUACAUAUGUAUGUGUAAUAUACAUGUAUAUAUGUAUGUAUAUGUGUGUAUGCAUAUGCACACACACGUGUACAUUUUUUAAUGCAUUCUAAGUACAAAACAUUAUUAUAAUUUGAAAUUGUAUAGCCUGUCACUAUUAGUCAUCUGUCGUCUGAAUUGCUUGUGUGACUAGAUUGUUUUGUGUUUACACAGUGGUUAGGAGAUGCAUAUUUUGCAGACCGCCUGCUUUUCUCUCUAGUCCUUCAGUCCAGGGCAUGAACUUCUCAAUCCUCCUCAUCAGGGCUGCAAGAUUAAACACUCCUCUCCCAUUCAACACAGACCGUAGAAGAGGUCACACAAAGUGAGCUUUCCAGCCUCCAAAGCGUGAGAGCUCUGAAUCCUUCUGUGUUGCAGAAUUACGUCCCAAAUGGUCUCGGGUUAUAGAAGUGGAAUCAGGUUGACGUUAUGAGGGAAUUGUUUUGGGUGUUUAUCUCAUUUAGUGGAAAAAUGAAAUCAAAUAGCAUGCCUAAUCUUAUUGUUUCUUCAUCCUAUUUUGUUUUCCUCAUAAUGUAGUUGUUAGAAGUGCUUUUCUGUGCCUGAAUAGAAAGCUAAAGCACUGUAACCAUGUGCUUUUACCCAGGCUAGUACAGAUAUAUUCUCAAGAAGUGUAAUGGCAUCAUAUUCUAUGACUCUUUUGACAUUCAUUUUUUAGAGAUGGCUAUGACUAACUUUUUUUCCCCCUAAAUAUUGCUAUUUAAAUUUGUUUUAUCAUUGUGUAAAUCUUGAAGAAAAACUGACCUGCUGUUUUAAAGAGGCACAGUAUAGUUAAUGCAACUGAGUAUGUUUCCGACAAAUAGAAUCCUAUUAAGUGUUUUGGGGACAUGUAUGCUUUGGUGAAUGAUGCUCUACCAAGACAUGGCAGAAGGGACUGCUUGCACUAUCCACAUCCUGAUCUUAAAAAUGGAAUGUUAUGAGAGAGAUGCCAGACACUUUUAAUUAUUUUUAUAUUAUGUUUGACUGUGGUAGGUGACCUGGAUCAGCACUUUGAGAAGCUUAACACAUGGUCUUGGACUGCAUAUUUAAAAAAAAAAUUACUGGAUAUUAUCUUUACGGUUUCUGAAAUACAUUAUACAUAUUGCACUUCUUUGGGUUUUUUUUUCCUCCUAAUGUUCUAUAUUUACUACAGCCAGUUAUAUAUAUAUAUAUAUGGUCAUGUUUACUGUACUGCUGCUUUAAAAUGUUUUACUGAACUAAAGUUCCUGAUAUUUACUAUUGUACAAAAAUGUUAUUUCAACAUUUCGAGAGAGAAAAAAAGUGAAUUGUACCAAAAGAGAGGUCUUGAAACUUUCAUAAUUUUGCCAACAUUCACUUUCCACUAGAAGGUUUAAAUUUUAUACUCUUUUUUUUUUUUUUUUUUUUUUUUUUUAUGUGAAACUUUUUGAUGCUUCAGUGUAUUUUAGACUUCAUUACAAUCACACAAAGUGAAGAAAAACAUAGUGUAUGUGCUUAAAAUCCUGGCACUGCUGUACCAUAUAUGUAAUGUAAAUAUGUAUCUAACCUAAAGUAAAAAAUGUCUAAUAUAAAUAUGUAUUUGUGUCAUAGAUUGUAGAUCACCGGCUGCAAUCAUGUCAGUCUGUUGUAUGUUUGCUGUAUUGCAUCUGUUAAUGAUCUCUAAUGUGAAUUUGUUGAAAAGAAUGCAUGGGAGUGUGUGAUAGGAUUUGGAUUUUCUAAUAAUAAAAACAUAAGUAAU